GUCGCAGCUUACUGGCUGGGUGGACGGGACCCUAACAAUACCACGCACCUAUUGGCCGAGAUUGGAAAGCAGAAGGCAGGGAUUGGUCCGCGGGUCGCUGCGAUCUGUGGUGAUGACGGUGGCGUUGGGCUGGGCAGUGGCGCUGCUGGUGCUGGCCGAGGGGGCGGGCGCGCUGGACAACGGGCUGGCCCGAACACCCCCCAUGGGCUGGCUGCACUGGGAGCGGUUCCUGUGUACCACGGACUGCGCCAGCGCCCCGCACGCAUGCGUCAGCGAGCAGCUGUUCAUGCAGAUGGCGGACUUGCUGGCAGCAGACGGCUGGAGGGACGUGGGGUAUGAAUACGUCUGCAUCGAUGACUGCUGGAUGGCACCGAGCCGAGACGGUGGGGACAGGCUCCAGCCCGACCCAGAGCGCUUCCCCCAUGGCAUCCACCAGCUGGCAGACUAUGUCCAUUCCAAAGGGCUGAAACUGGGGAUUUACGGGGAUGUUGGAAACAAAACCUGUGCUGGCUACCCUGGCAGUUAUGGCCAUUAUGACCUUGAUGCCCAAACCUUUGCUGACUGGGGUGUGGACCUGGUGAAGUUUGAUGGCUGUUACCAUGGCACACUGGACCUGCUGGCAGAAGGUUAUAAAAACAUGUCUCUGGCCCUGAAUAAGACUGGCAGAAGCAUUGUAUACUCCUGUGAAUGGCCUUUCUACAUGUUACCUGUGCAAAAGCCCAAUUAUACAGAAGUCAAGCAGUACUGCAAUCAUUGGAGGAACUUUGCUGACGUCUUUGAUGCCUGGAUUAGCAUCAAAAGUAUCUUAGAUUGGACAGCUUCUCACCAAGACAGUAUUGUGGAUGUCGCUGGACCAGGAGGCUGGAAUGACCCUGACAUGUUGGUGAUUGGGAACUUUGGACUGAGCUGGGACCAGCAGGUGACUCAGAUGGCACUGUGGGCUAUCAUGGCAGCUCCACUGUUCAUGUCCAAUGACCUGCGUCAGAUUAGUCCAAAAGCGAAGAGGCUGCUCCAGAACAAGGAGGUUAUUGCCAUCAAUCAGGACCCACUAGGCAAGCAAGGAUACCGCAUCACCAGGGAUAACAACUUUGAGCUGUGGGAGCGGCCUUUGACAGGCAGAGCGUAUGCUGUGGCUGUGGUGAACCGGCAUGAGAUUGGAGGGCCACAGCUCUUCACUUUUGCUACCUCAUUCCUUGGCAACGGACUAGCAUGCAACCCCGCAUGCUCCAUCCAGCAGAUCCUCCCUACCAGUGAGGACUAUGGACUACAUAACUGGGUCUCCUUCUUGAAAGUUAAGGUGAACCCAACAGGAACUGUACUGCUGAAAGCAGCCGUGAUAGAGGAGCUCCCUGAAGAGAAGCUGGUCCCAAAUAGCAAGAAACCCUCUCUAGAUACCUUGUAAUAUGGCAGCCUCCUCCCUGGUCCUCAGAGGCUCUGUUCUCUCCUCAACCCACCUGGGGAAGGUCAAGGGAGCGUGCAAGAUCCUGAUACUGACAAAUCUUAAAUCUACUUCAGCACCCUUGGUGGAUUUAACAUAAGCGCACCCACUCAACUUUUGUAUACUGAUUACAAAGAAAGGGCCCGUCUUUUCCAGAACUAUUCAGGCCACCUUAUAGCAUAUAAUUUAAUUUAGCUAUGGAAAGGGAGGUCAAGAGACUGAGCAGGACUGGAGCAAGACUCGUAAGAUACAGCAGCCCUGGUUGCAUAGAAAAUGCAAAGCAAGAACACAGCACUUUACUGAGACUCUUAAAUCUUGCAAGGACUCUAAGAAGUGCUCCACCCCUGCACUGUCACAACUUCCUUCAGGCCAGUAUGAUUCUUGAUUACACCAGAUGCAUGAAAAACAAGCUCCAUCUAGCCUCAAAGAACCUUCCCCUCUGUAUAAUCACCCACUCCUAGAGUCACACCUUAGAGCCAACACACUUCAAAGGCUAUAGCUUUCUUCCUGGCUGUCUUCCCUUUGCUAUAGAUAUGGGUGAAAGCUACCAUGCUCCUGUGGAAUUAAGUCUCCUACUCUCCCAGAAGAAAACUGCCCCGCCCGCAUGCUGACUUUGCUGUAGCCCAAACAUUAAAUGGGACUAUGCUGUUUUAGGAUUCAUCUGCUUUUCUUAAUGGAAGGGGGGUAGGAGCAGUCCCCAGCUACUUUCAAGCAGGUAUUGAACUCCCUAAUGCUAUCACCUCCAUGCCCUCUGCUGCAGGCACUGGAGUCUGUCUUAAAGGAUUUUAUUCUUGGUGCUAACCCUGUGAACUACAAUGUGGGAGUUGUAGUUGUGUGUUGGUGGAACAGACUGCCUGGAUCUCUCCAGGAAACUCAAGUUUCCUAGCUCUUGUGAAACUAAUACUAUCACAUAUCAACCACUUGUAUAUACAUUGGUGGUAUAAAUUGAUAUAUAUUGGUGGUACCGCCUUCCAGGACUUGUAGUCAUUUGUCUUCAGACUUUCAAGAAAAAAAAACAAUGCAUGUACUCUUCCCACCUGUCUAAAUGAGCUAAGAAAUAUUUUACCAAUAGAUGGUGCUGUUGAAUCCUACUAAAACACACUGUAAGAAGCAUCCAGCACCCUAAACUGCUAAGUACUCCAAGAGGCCUCAAGUUGGUAGCUAGCAUAGGUACAAUAAAAGGUAUUAUUUUGGAAACAAGA